AUGCGCUGGGUUGCUGAUGGUCUCAUCUUCUUCAUCUGCAGCGAGGAGAUGCAUUGGAACCUCCUGGAUAUCUUUGUGGUAGCCAUUGGCUGCAUGGAGGUUGUCACCGAGACGCUAGUUCUUGCUGGAUCUGAUGUUGGCUUGGCAAUGACAAACUUUUCAGUUGUGAGAAUGAUCCGCGUCCUGCGCGUGGUCCGCAUAGCUAGGGUAAUUCGAGUUCUGAAGGCUUUUCGAGAGCUUCGCUUGAUGGUUGCGUCUAUCGUCAGCUCAGCCCGAAAUCUGCUUUGGGUCAUCCUCGUCCUGUGCGUAAUGCUUUACGUUUUUGGAAUCAGCUUCACCAGUGCCGUGACAAUGGAGCUUGAGUCAUUGCCGAAGGAUGCAGACGGCACGGCUGACCUGAAGAUGUACUUUGGGUCCCUUUCCAGCUCCGUUUUGACCCUCUACAGCUCCAUGUCGGGUGGAGAAGACUGGUUAGUGUACUACCGUGUGCUGGGUCGCUUGCCUUGGCCAUACCAGAUUCUUUAUCUGUUCUUCGUGACUUUUGCAGUGUUCGCGGUCGUCAAUGUUGUGACAGGUGUUUUUGUUGACACUGCCAUUGAAAAGAACCAGUCGGACAAGGAGCUUGCCGUGCAAGAAGAGCUGCGCAACAAGAGAUUGCGUAUGAACUGGAUCAGGGAUGUGUUCAGCGAAUUGGAUUCUAGUGGAGAUGGCACAGUGACACAGCAGGAGUUUGAGAGUCAACUGAACCAUGAAGCUGUCAUUGCAUAUUUUAACACGCUGAAGCUCGAUGUCAGCGAUGCAAAAACAUUAUUCCGGUUGUUAGACAGUGAUGGCUCGGACGGUGUUAACAUCGACGAGUUUGUGUCCGGCUGCUACCGCCUGUCUGGUGAAGCAACGACACUGCACACGCAGGUCAUGCAGAUGGACGUCAAAGUUAUCAUGAACAAGAUGCAGGAUGUUCUGGAAAUUUUGGAAGAGAUGCGCACCAGAAGGAGAGGCAGUGGCAGUAGGCCAUCUCAGCGGGACAGCCUGCCAGCAAUUAUCAACCUGAGAGCCACCAGGUGA